AAUUCCCCACACAAACGUCAAACGAAGCGCUGAAACGUGUUAAAACGUGCUCGAUUCGCUCGUAAUUUGCAUCAAAAAGUGAAAUUCUUUGUGAAAUCUCGUGAAAUUCGUGUUUUAUCGUAAAAUUUAAACACUCGGAGUGAAAUUUGCACCGAAGGCUAUUCGGGAAAAGUGGUUUCAGUGAGAAAAUCGCCCUCGAAAAGGGUGCUGCGCAUUUCGGCUGAUUACGGCAUAACCUUGAGAGGCAGGUAGAUUUGGGUGGCCUCGGAAGUGUUUUCCGGAAACGAUGCCAAAAUGUCCGUCGAUAUUCCGAAACGUAGACUGUCGUCGAUUCUGAAGCCCUUUCCGAACGGGGGCGGGUUGGAGGGAUCGAAGCUGAACGGAAGUUUCUCACAGAACAAGGUCCGGUUCGACGAUUUGGCCGUGGAGGCGGUGCUGCAGGACGCUCUCCAGAAUGGCCAGCUGCAGCGCUUCGAGGUGCUGGUGCUUGAAAUCAAGGCCGAGCAGUUUGACGACGAUAAAUUCCAGCAGGUGAUUGUGGAAUCGAAGCGGUGCGUGCACCUGCUCAAUGCCAACUUUGGAAUGCUGGUCGAGGCACUGCUCUCGGUCAACUGGCUGGCCCGGAACGAGUCCUCACGGGAGGUGUACAAGGGCUUUGUGAUCGAGCUGCUGGUGGCGCAAGGCAACUACACAACGCUGGCCGUUUCGAAGCUGGUGCAGCUAUUCCUGCCCCGGGACGAAGACAAGGAGGGCUGGGUGCGGGGCGUUCCGACGGUGGCCACGGCCGAGCGGUUCGAACCCGUGCACGAUCUGUUUGUGAGACUGAAAAAUGUGAUACCGAUGAUCUUCGACGUGAUCCUGGUGCAGCUGCGGAAGCAGUUUCCCUACUUUAAACGCGCGACCCACGUCGUCUGCGGGUACGUGUACAACACGCUCCGCAUGACGGACCACUCGGCCAUGUUCACGGAAGAGCUGCUGGACAUCAUCUUCUAUCGGUUGGUGGCGAUCGACGUGAACACCCCGCGGAACGAAAUCGAGGAUGCCGAGUUCCCGGACGAAGCAGACGACGGGCAGAUCUUUGCGAUGGAGGAAACGCCGGUGAUUGAAAUUGAUGAUGAUGAAACGAUGAAGUUGCCGCUGGCGGAAACGUUGGACUGCUGUCUGGAGACCAUGUUCCGGUACAUUGAAGAGCGGGCUCGGAUUGAGGGUGGCAGCGAUCGCGUGUACGGACUGCUGCUGAAGCUGUUCGACAAACACAUUCUACCCACGCACAACACUCACCACGUGCAAUUUUUAAUGUUUUAUUGCUGUAGUUUUAACCAGUCGUACGGAGAGCGAUUCAUCGAACACUUGCUGAAGAUGGUGCGCAACCCGAAUAUUUCCACGCCGACACGGCAAGCUGCCGUCGGUUACGUGGCCAGUCUGUUAGCCCGUGCCAAGUACGUGCCGAUGCCACUGCUGAAGAAAACCCUGCAGGACUUUUCCGACUGGGUUCACGGUUAUUUGAACCGGUCCGAUUCGCUGCACAACCAAUCGCUCAAAGCGCACCUGGUGUUCUACUCCGUUUGCCAAGCAAUUUUCUACGUGGUGGCCUUCCGCAGCAAACAACUCACGGCAACCCCGAAAAAUCUCGCCUUUCUGCAAACCCUGCAGCUCACAUCGAUCGCAAACUGCUUGCUGAACCCGCUCCGGGUGUGCGUACCCGGAGUGGCCACCGCCUUCGUGGCCGUCGCCCGAGCGCACCAAAUCGCCUACUGCAACACCAUCAUGGAACGCAACGAACGCCGUCGGACGUUCAUCCUGUUCAACAACGGUGCCCUCGCUCCGGACGACUGUCUGGACACGUUCUUCCCGUUCGAUCCGUACCUGCUGAAAAAGUCCGGCAAACGCAUCGAACCCAUCUUCCUGCAGUACCAGAGCUGUGAAGCGGAAGCCGAGGCCGAAGUGCUGAGCCCGGCCGCUCGUGGACGCAAGCGGUACGAGUCCAUGUCGGAGGAUGUGGAUGAUUUCAUCCAGGAGGUGAAGCGGCACAAGGGCCACGGGGGCGACCCGGCCGAGAUGCAACUACCGUACUCGUACGGAGUGUCGCCGGGGUUUCAUAGCUAAAUAAUCAAAACUAAGCUGAUUAAUUGUAUUAUUUUUCAUUUGUCUCAUGUAAGCAGUGCUGUCGUAAUCGUCUCAUCAAAAAAUAAAUCAUUUAUUUUCAGUGACUAAAGUUAUUGAA